CUACACGCGGCUGCUAAAAGUGGAACGCAACAUAUUGCGAAACUACUCUUAGAUCAGGGGGCCGACAUCAACCUGGUGAAUGAAGAAGGUAUUACGCUGCUCCAUAUAGCAGUCGAAAAUGCGCAAUACGCUCUUACCGAGUUCCUCCUUAGAAGAGGGGCAGACAUCACGAUAAAAGAUAAGAAUGGGAAGACUCCCCUUGACUUGGCAAAGAGCCCUCGGCACGAACGCAUCCGCGAGCUCUUUCAAAAGAGACCUCCU